AUGGCAAACGGCAACAGCCACGGCAACAGCCAGUUAAGCCGACUAAAAAACACACUACUACAAGUGGCAGAGAGACUCGAAUCUUUGGAACACCAUGAUCGUGAAGGUGAGAUAACUGAGCUUGAGCUUAAAAUGUUUCGUAGCUAGCGCUAUUUUUCGACUAAUAAUACUUGAAGGUGCCUUAUAAUGCUGUUAUCCCGACGUUCUAUCGCAAUCGGUGAAAGAUUUCCGUAUAACCCCAUCAAUAGUUAUGCAUACCGUUCUUAAAACUGAAACAAAAGCCAAAACAAUAGAACUCUAAAAGCAAAAAAAUAGCACACAUACCUAAUUAAUGUCACCAUGGGGUUAGUUAUGCAAUGAAACAUAACAAAAUUUGGUAAACUUACUGAUUGUCAUGCAAUCUUCCUGAUGGUGAGAUUAAUUUUUUGUUAUGAAGUUAAUUUGAACAAUGUGUAAACUGGGGCCCAGUCCCUUUUUGAACUUCGGAACGGGCAAUUGGGAACACUAAUUAAUUAUUGGAAUUUGGAAGUGUUGGUUUAAUAACACAAAGUCAGCUUCACAAUAAAAGUAAGAAUAACAAGAAAAUGGAAUGGAUGUAUAAUGCCAAAAACAUAUACUAACCUUCAGUUAUGCAAACUUACUGAUUGCAUGCUCUAAGAGAAGGUACACUGAAUAAAAAUUAGAGGGCCAGAUCCUUAUGAAAUGAAAUGGACACCCUGAACUGGUUACUGUUGAAUACUUUCAGGUGCUACUAGCACUAAUAUUGCUAGUGCUGCAACAGCAAGAACCUCAUCCCACGAGGAUGCAAGAGCAAUACCAACUGCAACACCUGCUGGAACAGCUGGGUCAUCAUGUAUUGGCAGCAUUCCUGGUCCUUCAGGAACAACAAGAGCUGUGCAACCAACAGCAAACCUAAGAAAUUCUGUCUCUGCCGCAGCCUCAGCUCAAGAACAUCGAAGGCUGUUCAAUUACAAAACAUCUUAUGCAAACACAAAAAAGAAAAGCAAAAGACCUGCACCAACUUGCACUCUGAAGUUUUUAUGCAUGGCAAAGUGUGAUUCAGUGAAGCCACCCUUAACUGUAAUGGAGCGCACACAAUUGGUUAAUGCCGGUCUUGGAGACUGCAGCAUACAGUUUGAUCUUUCCCAAAGCACUCUUGAGUGUCAUGAGAGAAUAAUUCAAACAUUUCCAAAGCUUGGCACAGUGGGGUACGAGCUCUUGCUUUAUCAACGUGGUAAGGAUUGUGGCUUUUACCAUGUAGCUCCCCCACAUACCCCAAAGCGGUUAAAGGAUGCCUGUGGAAAUUCAAAGAUUUAUAUCAGACCCCUUCAGAAAGAUAUUGAGCUGGAAGAGAUUGCUGUUGAAGAAGAGGUAAAUUUUGUAUAUAGUUUGUUAUACUCAUUGAAAUAUAUUCCCAAUAAAACUACUGUAGUACGGAAAGUAAUUGAUUGGCAUUGACCUUUUUCUUCCUCACCUCAUUAUUAUUUACCCUUACUUGCAUCUGGCAACUCGUGCAUACACGUAAAUGAAAAUUAUACAUGUACCUUAUAUGUUUAUAAAGUUACAUUAUGACCGUUGUCUUAUUUAAUAAGAUACUUGUUAUAUUAUUUUAGGCUCAAGACUGUCCCAUUAUUUUGUGUUUAAAGUGUGGCCUUCCGGUGGCCAUGAUGGAGAUGAAGAAUCAUCACCAAAAUACUUGUAUUGUUCAUGAAAGCCCACAGAAAAAGGUAAGAAAGUCGAAGGCUUGUUAGAUCGAUGUGAAGCCAGCCAGUUGACUGAGUUAAUUUGUUAAUUUUUGUGACAGUAAUGUUUCUUUGAUACACUGUACUGUGAGACCUUUUCGUAUGUAUUCAAUAGUCAUUAAGCAGUGUUACCCUAAAGAAGAAAUAUUUUUUUAUGUUAAAACAGAAUCCAGGCAUACACUGUUUUACUACAUCACUACUUUUUGCACUUACAGAAGCAAAGGACUGAGUCCUGGAUUGACAAUAAUGUUGACAAUAAUGUUGACAGGUAAAAUUGUUAUUAUUGUUGUCACUCUGUGCCUUCAUAGAUCACAAGUAUUGUGGGUAAUUAUACAUGUAUAUAUUGCAAGGUAUUACACCUGUUUACAUAUGCUGUACAUGUACGUUGCAUUAUUACAAAUUAUGAUUUAUAGGUUUACUAAACUAUUAAAUUAAAUUUAAUUUCCAAAAAAAAAAACCCGCAAUAUUGCCUUACCGUUAGCAUUUCGUAUUCACGGGUUGGCUCGAAGAAGCCUUUGAUUACAUCUAUCUAUACUCACACCUAUAUCUGUUUGCGCAUGCACGUAUAACGAGCUGAAAAAAGGAGUCUCAAAAGAAUAAUUGUCUAUACAUUUUUUUUGUAUCAUUUUGUAGCUCUGAAGUUUCUGUUACCGAAGACAAUUCUACAUGUGUUCUACAAGAACACCGUCCUGGUGCUAGUGGGGAGGAUAUUGAAGGUAAGCUCUGCUGAACAUCUGGAGGCAAUCCAAAUAUUUCUGCCCAGAACCUACUUAAGCUUGGUGGUAAACUAUGACAUCAUUUAAAAGUUAAUGUUAUAUAAUUCAUGAUGUAUUAAGCAUUUAUGUCCUGCAAAAUUAUUAUGCAGGCCAUUUAAUGCCCAGUCUUAAAUGACUUGAAUGUGUAAUUUACAAGGAUAAACUCUUGCUCAACACUUUUGUAGCAGAUGUAGCUAUCAAUGCGACAGCAAAAUAUGAACUAGAAUCAAUACAAAUGAGCAUGUUCUUUAUCUAGGAUCACCAUGCAAUGCAAUGUUAUACAACACGGAUGCACCCUGUUCUAUGAGCCGUCUGUCGAAUGGUCGUAUUGUGAUUUCAGGUAGCCUGCAAGCCCUUCAUGGGAUAUUCCCUGGUAAAAGCAAGGACGAAUUAAAGAUUCCUCUCGAGUCAGCUGGUUAUAAUGUUGAAAGAGCUGUUGCACAGAUUCUUAAUGAUGAUGAUGAUGAUAGUGGUAAUUGUCUUGAAGUUUCAUGCCUUGGUCUUACAAAUGAGCAAAACAUUCGUGGUGCUGGUAAAUAAUGUUGCUUAUAUGGCUUGUUUAUAAGAAACUUUAAAAUGUUGUCGUCACUGACUAAGAUCUUCAAAAUGGAAAGUUUCAAUUUUAGUAAGUGACCAGAACAUUUUUAAGUUCCUAUUAAUAUGUUUGACGGCAUUUUUAUGGUAUUUUGUAUAGCUUGUUUGAUUUCUUCAGUUAUUUAGUGAACCAUAUGACCUUACCAGAGAAAGAGAUUUUGUUUUCCAUUUGUACCUUAAUUCGAAGAUAAAAGACAUAAAGGCUUUAAUUUUGUGACCCCUUUUAAGCUGUGAAAAGGAAGCAUCCCUGGCAUCUCCAGAAGAUGUGAUGGCUCAGUUUAGGUCCAUGACUAUAACAAGCGGUACACAGCUAAUAGACUUCAACAGAAUGCACAGAUCCAUGCUUCAACAAUUAAUGCGUCUGUACAAAGAUCCUACAAUUGAUAUUCGGAAAUCACCUGACGUAACCUUUUUGGGAGAGAUGGCAGCAGAUCUUGGAGGUCCUACAAAGGAGUUCUUUCACGUUGCUAUUGAGGCCCUCGUGAAAAUGGAUCCUUUAUACCGAAUGCAGUUAUUCACAGGCGAGCAGGGUCAUUAUGUCCCAAUAUGCAACAUGGAUGCUUUAUCAAGCGGCUGCUUCGAGAUGGUGGGCCAACUGUUAGCACACAGCUUUUUGCAUGGUGGGACUGGACUGGUUGGUCUGGCACCUGCCGUAGUAAAGUACCUAACAUGUGUAAUCAUCCCUGAUUAA